AUGGAUGAUGUAGCAGCCGUCCAGGGUAUUAGUGGUCCAGUAGUGUACCCUUGUACUGAGGGUAUUAGUGGCCCAGUAGUGUGCCCUUGUACUGAGGGUAUUAGUGGCCCAGUAGUGUGCCCUUGUACUGAGGGUAUUAGUGGUCCAGUAGUGUACCCUUGUACUGAGGGUAUUAGUGGUCCAGUAGUGUGCCCUUGUACUGAGGGUAUUAGUGGUCCAGUAGUGUGCCCUUGUACUGAGGGUAUUAGUGGUCCAGUAGUGUGCCCUUGUACUGAGGGUAUUAGUGGUCCAGUAGUGUACCCUUGUACUGAGGGUAUUAGUGGCCCAGUAGUGUACCCUUGUACUGAGGGUAUUAGUGGUCCAGCAGUGUACCCUUGUACUGGGGGUAUUAGUGGUCCAGUAGUGUGCCCUUGUACUGAGGGUAUUAGUGGUCCAGCAGUGUACCCUUGUACUGAGGGUAUUAGUGGCCCAGUAGUGUACCCUUGUACUGAGGGUAUUAGUGGUCCAGCAGUGUACCCUUGUACUGGGGGUAUUAGUGGUCCAGUAGUGUGCCCUUGUACUGGGGGUAUUAGUGGUCCAGUAGUGUGCCCUUGUACUGAGGGUAUUAGUGGUCCAGCAGUGUACCCUUGUACUGAGGGUAUUAGUGGCCCAGUAGUGUACCCUUGUACUGAGGGUAUUAGUGGUCCAGCAGUGUACCCUUGUACUGGGGGUAUUAGUGGUCCAGUAGUGUACCCUUGUACUGAGGGUAUUAGUGGCCCAGUAGUGUACCCUUGUACUGAGGGUAUUAGUGGUCCAGUAGUGUACCCUUGUACUGAGGGUAUUAGUGGUCCAGCAGUGUACCCUUGUACUGGGGGUAUUAGUGGUCCAGUAGUGUACCCUUGUACUGAGGGUAUUAGUGGUCCAGUAGUGUACCCUUGUACUGAGGGUAUUAGUGGUCCAGCAGUGUACCCUUGUACUGGGGGUAUUAGUGGUCCAGUAGUGUACCCUUGUACUGAGGGUAUUAGUGGCCCAGUAGUGUACCCUUGUACUGAGGGUAUUAGUGGUCCAGCAGUGUACCCUUGUACUGGGGGUAUUAGUGGUCCAGUAGUGUACCCUUGUACUGAGGGUAUUAGUGGCCCAGUAGUGUACCCUUGUACUGAGGGUAUUAGUGGUCCAGCAGUGUACCCUUGUACUGGGGGUAUUAGUGGUCCAGUAGUGUACCCUUGUACUGAGGGUAUUAGUGGCCCAGUAGUGUACCCUUGUACUGAGGGUAUUAGUGGUCCAGCAGUGUACCCUUGUACUGAGGGUAUUAGUGGUCCAGUAGUGUACCCUUGUACUGAGGGUAUUAGUGGCCCAGUAGUGUGCCCUUGUACUGAGGGUAUUAGUGGCCCAGUAGUGUGCCCUUGUACUGAGGGUAUUAGUGGCAUAGCAGCGUACCCUCGACACACUUGCAGAUACAAGAACAUUGAUUGA